AUGCUGCUGGAUCGGCGUGAGUACCAAGCCCUCAGCACGCAGUUAAAGAGUAUCAUGCGGGAGGCCUGCAGCGAGGCUCCAACCGGUGCCGACCGCGCAGCGAUAGAGAAGCGCAUCGCUAUGCUGCAGUGUGCCCUCGAUGAGGUGGAGCGCAGGAUCCAGGAAAAGCAGCUCAGUGCGGAGGUGACGAGGGCGCAAGAGAUGCGAGAGCAUCGGUUGCGUCGCGAAAAGCAGAGUGAAUCGCGGAUGGAGGCGGUCAAGAAAGAUGUUCAGCAGAGGCAAAAGUUUACCAACGAGUUACAGGAAGAGAGACGAGCCUAUUACAGCCAAAGGAACGAGCAGCUAGAUGCGAAGAUCGAGAUGCAGAAGGAGGUGGCAGUGAAUGCACAGGCCGAGAUCAUAGAGAGGGCUGAGGCGGAAAACGAGAGAAGAAAACGAGCGCUUGGACGACUGUGGGAAGAACGUGCGCGGGCGCUGAAGGAGCACAAGGAGAAGUCGCAGCACCGCAUGGACCAUUGUCGCGAGGUCAUGCAGCGCCGCAAGCAACUGGAAGAGGCAAAGCGACGCGAAAAGACGCUCGCUCUCAUGCAGCACGAGGAGGAGUUGCAACAACGCCAGGCGAGGUCAGAGCAUGAUCAAAACGAGGCGAGCCGCCACCACCCCAAGCGUCUGCACCGUCACGGCAGUAGCAGGAGCAUCAACUCUGAAAGGAGCGGCCAUGUGAGGACACUCUCGCAGCCGCGCAACCACAACGCGCUGGUGAAGGCGCUGCGCGAGAAGGAGGAGCAACAUCGGGAGCGCUACGCCGCGGAGCAGGCGGUGCGCCAGUACGAGCUGCAGCAGCGGGCCGCCGCACGUAAGGAGAAGCAGGAGCGGCAGCGGCGGAAAUACGUGGAACAGCUUGAGGAAAGACUGCGGCGUGGCGAGGAAAUCAUUGAGAUGGCUCACAAUAAGAAGCACCGUGGCGAUAGGGCGAAGGGGCAGUCCGAAGCACGAGACCCGCAGGCUGGUGAGCUCGUGGCGCGCGACCUCGAGGAGCACCGCAGGCGAGCGGAGGCACACGAACUUGAGCGGCGCGACGAUGCCUUGCAAAAGAAAUAUCGUAGGUGGAACGAGCGUGCGGUGCGCGUCAUCCAGCAGCUGCAAGGUGCCAUAGAGGCGGAGUCUGCCAACGACCAGAUGGACGGCAGGCCGCAGGGGUUUCUCCCGCAGCUGGCUGCUUUCCGCGUCACAUAG